AUGGAAAACAGUGAGAAGGAUGAUGGCUCAUUCAACGAAGCAGCUGCUGCUGAUGGUUCCAACGAUGGCUCGUGUGCUGGUUCCUUGGACGACGCAGAUGAAGACUUCCGGAGAAUGGAGGAGAUGAUGGUCGAGGUCCUUUGCGACAUGAAGCCGCGCGCGCCAGACAUUAUCCGCGCCGUUCCUGCUGGAAGAGCUCUGAGGUGCUGUGGCCGCGCUUUCCGCAGAAAAUCUCCGAUGCUGUUCCGCGGAAGUUUUCCGACAGACAAGAUACACGAGUUUUGGAGCCAUUCCUGGCAUGGCAACAGUCAGAUCAAAGUAGUGACAGCGUUGUUCCUGAACAAUGGAAAAAUUGCACCACUGAUUGCUACAGCGAUCGCACUGAUUGCCGUCAUCCUGUACACAGCCGGUUUACUCCCUAUGAGGUUCCAUGGUGGUAUUCCAACCUCAAUACCAAAAUAUCCUCGGGCGUCGUAUUGGGCCAAAGCCGUGGGCUUUGUGGUCUUUUGCAUCUGCCUCCUGUGCUGGCAGCCCGCGAAAUCGGUUUUCGUGGAUGUUCUCUGCAUCAACCAAUAUGACCCUAAACAAAAGUCAUUAGCGCUGUUCAGUAUGCCGGCCUUCCUCAAGGCCUCGGAAUCUUUGCUUGUGCUGUGGGAUCCAACUUAUACCAGGCGCCUGUGGUGCUGCUUCGAAAUUGCUGCAUUCUUGCGAAGCCGCACGAGCAGGCAGACAGCACGCAUAACAGUCAGGCCUACACUGCUUGGCCCUGUCUUCGUCUCACUGCCCAUUGCUUUGUCUGUCGUCAUACUGGGUUUGGGCUUUGUCCCGGUCGAGACAAUGGACAGUGGCAACCACGCAGUUGUUUGGCCGAUGAUGGCGGGGUUCGCAUCUGUUGCUUUUUACUGGAGCGUGACCAAGUUGCGUGAGUUUUUCCGGAGUGUGGAUUCGCUCCAUCGUGAGUUGCAGCAGUUCCAAUGCAAUGACUGUUUGUGCCACUGCUGUGCAGUUGACCACAGGAAAGCAGAUGGAAGGUGGAUGGCAUGUGACCGUCGAGUUUUAUUGUCGUGCAUAACUCUCUGGUUUGGCAGUGUGGAGAACUUUGACAGUAUGGUGCGUUCCGAGGUGCUGGCCUGCCUGACCGAGCAACUUUCCUCGCAGGUUCUGACGUACAAACAGUUCCUUGUAAUGGCGGUGCCCGUUAUCAUCACUUGGAUACUGCCUCCAGUCGUCUGGAAUGGGUAUUCAACGCGCCGGAGGGGUACCAAGUGUGGGUGGAGGCUGAGAUCCGAGCAGCUUCUAAAGAGCUGCUCCGAGGCGUUGGCUGGGCAUUUGGGAGUUUGCCCAUUAUUUUCUUUGUGA